AUGCCAAAAUUCGAUAAAGGAAGGAAUAGAAUAUCGCCUUAUCAGGGCACUCCAACAAGUUCACAUCGAUUUGCGAUGAAAAAUCCUUUUGCAGAAUUUAUCAAACCCGAGCAAAUUAACAAACAAGAAUAUCAAAAAGGUUCAUUAUCAAUGUCAGGUGUGGUAAAAGAUAUAAAACAAAAAAAGCAAGAGGAACAAAAACAUAUAGAAUUACCUUUCUUCAGUAAAAUUGAAACACCCGAUCUUAAAUUCUCAUCACAUGUAUCAGAGAAAGUUACAAACCUUAAUCCUUCACCUGAUUAUAUUCCAUUUAUGUGGCAAAUAGAGUAUUACCUUGAAUUAUCUAAAUCCAUAAAUCAAUCCUCUUUUAAAAUGGAAAAAUUUCCCUCAGGAAAUAUUUCUUCUCACCGGAAUGGGAUGACGAAUCAUUCUUCACCUAGAGUACAAAGAUCACAUAAUUUUCGUGGUGGAAAUAAUGGGGUUCGUAAUCGAGCAAAUUAUGGCAAUGGACAUAAUUUGCGUGGAAUGUAUAAAAGGUCAAAUUUAAGACCUCCAGGUGGUAUGCCAACUGGCUGA